AUGGAGAAUGAAGCUGUUUUCGCGGGCGAGCCCGCUCUGGAUGUUCAACAGCAAGUCGCAGAUAGCCGCCCCGAUUCGGCGGCCUCGAAAUCGAAAACACUUCAAAUUCAAGCGCAAUCCUUGCUAGGUGACGAUGAGGAAUGGCGGCGGGAGCAGGCAGCCAGAAGAGAACAUGCAGAGGAAGGUCCACGAUGGCGACGGCCUAACAUUUGGUGGCUGCUGCCAUUUGGGCUGCUGUACACCUUGGGGUUUGGCGGCCUUGCCGUACCCAAGAUCAACUUGAUCAUCUCCUUGGUCUGUCGCGACUACUUCGCCGAGAAGACAAUACAUGAUCCUACUUUCACCUACCUUCCAGUCGUAUUUGGUGAAGAUAAUCAUCAGUGUCGACUGCCCGAAAUUCAAUCUCAAGUUGCGAAAUUCCAACUGUACAUCAACCUUGUCACCGGUAUUAUCUCUGCUCUUGUGAGUCCACGCCUCGGCCAUUUAUCAGACCGAUAUGGACGAACGACCAUGAUUGCGUUGUGUUCCUUGGGUGCCGUCUGCAGUGAAGUGAUCUCAACGAUUGUGGCUACAUGGCCUGAGAACAUGCCGGUCAAUGUUCUCUUGAUCGGAGCAGUCAUGGAUGGACUGGGUGGCUCCUUCACCACGGCUCAAGCUCUCAUUCAUUCAUAUGCCUCUGACUGCACGCCUCCUGCCCGACGCAGUGUGGCCUUUGGCAUGUUCCAGGGCGCACUGUUCCUUGGAAUCGCUGCCGGGCCAAGUGGCGCUGCUUUGCUGAUCAAAAAGACUGGAGGCGUGUUGAUCGUCUUUUACAUCGGUCUCGUCUUCCAUGCAAUUUUCUGUUUGUCGGUUUAUUUCAUUGUCCCGGAAUCCCUUCCGCAGAAACGACAACUCGAGGCGCGCGAGCGACAUCGCGUGAAGAUGGCGGACACGACAAAUGCUCGUCGAUUCUCUCUUCAAAAUCUGAAUCCGAUGAAUCUCAUCACCCCUCUCAACAUCCUCAUGCCCGCGGUUGGACGACCGAGUGUGCUAUUUCCAAAUCGGCGUGGUGCGAGUAGAGUCCUACGCCGAAACAUUGUCCUACUUGCGGCAAUGGAUACCGCUGUCUUCGGUGUAGCAAUGGGGACUGUCCAAGUCAUCAUCAUCUAUGCGGAAUACAUGUUCAACUGGGGUAAUGUCGAGUCAAGCAUAUUCGUCUCAAUCGUCAAUGUUGUGCGUGUGGUGAAUCUAUUCAUCUUCUUGCCGAUUAUCGCCCGGCUCUUCCGCACGCCUUCGGAAGAUGACGGUAUCAUCCGCGGAUCCGACAUGCUUGACAUUAUCAUCAUUCGUUUGUCGGUGAUCUUCGAUAUACUUGGAUACAUCGGCUACGCAUUAUCCAAGCAUCCCUCCCUCAUGAUCCUCUCGGGGGCAGUGGCUUCUCUUGGCGGAAUGGGCUCGCCCACGUUGCAGUCAUCAUUGACAAAGCACGUGCCACACGAGAGAGUCGGACAAAUGCUAGGUGCUAUCGGUCUUUUACACGCGCUGGCUAGGGUUGUUGCGCCAGCGAUCUUCAACUUGAUAUACAGCGCCACAGUUGCAACCUACCCACAAACGGUUUUUGUGACGCUAGCCGCUGUCUUUGGUGUUGCGUUCUUCAUGAGUCUGCUUAUAAGGCCGCAUAUCACCCUCGAUGACGAUGAGAUAUCAGAUGCCACAGUGGAGGCAAAUGAAGGAGGUGCGACUGAAGAAGAUCCACUGCUGGGGUGA